CCGUGAUCCAAUGACCAAUCUCACACAAAUUCAACAAAGUUCAUAAUUUUCCACCAUUAAUUUCUGUACCUUCUUUUACUAUUUUUCUGUCGUCCAUUACGUGGCAUGCUUUAAUUAGUCACCAGGAAAGUGAUUACUCCCAAGACAAAUAAUCACCUUCAGACAAAAGUUGCAGAGGCGGAGCCAAGUAGUUUGUGUGAGAGAGAGAGAGAGAGAGAGAGAAACGGAGAAAAGUAGAAGAUGACGCUGGGUCUGAUCAAUGCGAACCCCGUGGUUCACGCUAAGAAGGAAAGGGUAGCUCGCACUGAAGAUCUUCACGGUGACGAUGCUGUUGAUCCUCUUGAAAUCUAUGAUUUCGUGAGGGAUAUAAGAGAUCCGGAGCAUCCAUAUUCGUUAGAGCAGUUAAGUGUUCUUUCCGAGGAAUCAAUCACUGUUGAUGACAAGCUCGGUCGUAUUCUGAUAACUUUCACCCCAACGAUUCAACAUUGCAGUAUGGCAACAGUGAUUGGUCUUUGCCUGAGAGUCAAACUAAAACAUUACUUUCCUCCGCAUUACAAGGUUGACAUCAAAGUAUCUCCUGGAUCUCAUGCAAAUGAGGAAUCAGUCAACAAGCAGUUGAAUGAUAAAGAGAGGGUUGCAGCAGCCUUGGAGAAUCCGAACCUUCGCCAACUUGUUGAUGAAUGCCUCUACUCCAAUGAACUCUGACCAACUGUAUUGCUGUGAAAAGCUACUGUACAGGAGAAGUAUUAUUAGCAUGUGUAUUCAAUAAGAAUACGGCUCUGUCUUGUUGUGACUUUACUUAUUUUUCCCUCAAAAUAUACUUUUAAGUUGCUUAGCCGUGGUUGUAAGUUUCCUUUCAAUUUUCUUUAUUUAACUCAGUGUUGGUCAAGGUGAAACUCCUAUGCUAAUCUCUUUAGUAAAUGUAAAAGUGUUUAGGUCGAAUUGAGAGCAAUUAUGGUUGGCCAUCUUUUGGGGUACUAGGAGUAGAGGAGUAGCCACUUAAUAGCGGUUUUAGAAUUCGGCCAGAUUUUAAUCCAAUAUAUCUUUAUCCUUUAUUUAUUUUUA